GGGUUUACAUCAAAAUUGUGUUCUAAACAGUAAGAAGAGAAUGGAGAUCCUGGUUUAAAGUAGACUUAGGGUUAGGGUUGCGUGGAGCGAGUGGAGAGGUGUGGCAGGUGGAGCGCACCAUGCGUAUGGACCUGGCCGCCACGUGAUCGCACCGUCCAGAAGAAUCUUGAGUUUCCCAAAGAUAAGGUUAAUUAAAAAAUGCAAAUCCUAGAUUUUAUCGCGUAGUGGCCAAUAAAAAUCCGGCCCCCACGUGGGCUUUUGAAUUGCCGGGCCAGUCAUUGGGUAUUUGGAUGCAUUUCUUCACUAGGCUCUCAGCUCUUCUCAGUUUUGCAUUCCAGGCAUUUGGCUGCCAUCAUUUUCAUUCGGAUUUCAUCUUUGAGCGUUAUAAAAAAGAAGUCUUUUUAGCGAGAAAUAAGGUUUCCCAGCAGGAUUAGUGCUUUCAGACCUUAGUUAAAAUGCCGGCGCCAGGAGAUAGUUCUUCUUCUUCUUCUUCAUAUAUUCUUCUGGUUCAACACUUGAUCGAGAAGUGUUUGCUACUUAACUUGGAUCAAAAGGAAUGUGCUGAGGCGCUUUCCAAGCAUGCCAAUAUUGAACCCACUAUUACUGUUACUGUAUGGAAUGAAUUGGAGAAGGAGAACAAGGAGUUUUUCUCCAAGUAUAUGGAAAAAAGAAGAGAAAAUCGAAGCGAGGAACUGAAACAGAUGUUAGAUGAUGUAAAUGCUAGAUUUCACAAUCAAAGCCUUUAAAACUGUCCUCAACAUUUGUAAUAUGUAUGCAAAUCUGAUAACUCUAUGCAUGUAGAAUCUGAUAGCUCUUUUAAUAAGGCUCUAUUAUUUUUCUUUGUGCUUCACAGCAGAGCAAUUGAAGAAGGGAAAUCAUGAUAAUUUGAUUUACGAGUAAGGACAAUGUUCCCUCACAAGAUUAUCUCGUGAGGCACUAAUAUCAUGCACUGUUUCCCUGUAAAAGAGGCUUUCCUCUUGUGUAAAUAUUGUUUCUCAACAAAAAUAGAUAUGUACCUGAAACUAUUUAUGAUGUCA